CUCGGACCAUAUCUCUUUAACUGUAAAAUAAUUUUGUAAAUAGUCCCCUCUGUCCCUACUCGCCGACUGCCAUAAGAAGAAGAUUACCCCCACCAGAUAUACACAAACACAGAGGCGCGCACUGAUAGAUAGACAUUUAGAUCGAGAGAGAGAGAGAGAGAGAGGGCGCCUGUGCCUGUGCCUGAGCGUAGUAGGAUGAUGGAUAAAAGCUGUCAAUCCUCUGCAGAUUCUACCUCAACCACUACGAGUAGUGGCACUACCACUGCUAGUAAUAAUACCAGCAGAGACCAGUACCUCAGACACCUCAACAAGCUCUCCCACAAGAUCUCCAAGCCCAUCAUCAAAAAACCCCCUUUUGAUCCCCACAAUCAAAGUCAGAAUCUUGAUAAUCAUAACGAUCACCACCAAUCACAACAGCAAUCACAGCCGCAGGUCCAGCAGCAUCAGCCGCCGGUCUACAACAUCAACAAGAACGACUUCAGGGACGUGGUCCAGAAGCUCACGGGCUCGCCGGCCCACGAGCGCUUCUCAACGCCGCCGCCUAUCCACGCGCCCAAGCCUCCCAGCUCUCGCCUACAGCGUAUCCGCCCUCCGCCCCUGGCGCACGUUAGCAAUCGUCCCCCUCCCCUGCUAAACGGCGGCGUCCCCCCUCCACAACCGCCCCCUAUGAACACUUCCAUCCCCAUCACCGCCGCGAAUUCCAGCUUCGGUCACAUGGGACGGCCCGUAACUCCGUUGUCGCCUCUGCCGCCUUUCCCGACAGUCCACGCGGCGGCGGAAUCGCCCGUCUCGGCCUACAUGCGGUACCUCCAGAACACAGUCUACACCUUCGAUUCCAAUCCUAAGCAGUUCUCCGGAUUCUCACCGUUGGCCCCUCUGGUCUCGCCGCGCUGGCACAAUUCGGGUCCACCGCUGUCGCAUCAGCAUCAGCAGUUUCCACCGCCGCAGCAGGGGAUAUUUCCCCCUCCGACAUCGGCUUCAAUACCGUCACAACUGCAGUUCCCGAUGCCGACAUCACCGCUUCCAUUCGGUUGCUUGAAUUCACCGCGGUCACCGUACCCUUUGCUCUCACCAGGCCUGCUGUUUUCGCCUUCGUCCGGUCAACUAGGGUUUCCGCAGCUCCCGCUUUCGCCCACUGUGCCGAUGCCGAGCCCUAGAUGGAGAGCUCUCUGAGUUUCUUCGUCUUCAGCUGGAUUUAAUGCAUAAUUCUCUGGUGAAACUCUAUUCCGUCAGGGUUUAAUUCUAUCAUAUCUCUUUUCUCCAUUCCUUGUAUUCGUCUUCAUGGAUCCAAGAUGUGAUAUGCUGAAGUUGCUUGGUGCUGGCCCUUCUUAAUGGUGGAGGAAAUCCAAGUCUCUCAUAAUUUGUGAUAAUCAUAUCAAUUUUAUGGACUAAUAUCUUUGUUACUUCUAUAUAUAUAUUGUUAUUUUUUCUUUAACUGAUUUUCAAUCUACCUGGUCAAGUCUACACUGAAGAUAUACAAGCCUGCCAAACCCCUUAUGAAUUAUGUGCUUAUCAGUUUAUAAUAUGGAUGACAGGACGUACCGAUCAUGUUGUAUAUUACUUAUGAAUAUCCCUGACGAUAACCAUGUUCGAAAGAAUUUUCAGCAAUUAUAGAAAAGUAAAGCUCUCAUUUCUUUGAUUUGACAUUGCUCUUCCUGUUUAGGAAUAUACCUGUAACGGAACAUGAUCUGUCUCUCUGAAUUAUUUCCUCUAACAAGGAUUUAACAGUGAGGUUCUCUCGUGGCUGGUGAUUAUGCUUUGUGGUAAAACUGUUCUACCUACUCAAGCAAGCAAACAAAAAACAGUUGCAGAAAUGGGUUGGAUGCUCGUACGUAUCAAAUACUUUACUUUGUGUUCCUAUAUGCAUAUUCUGUUCACGUUUCCAGCCAGGCAUAAAUUUCUCACACCUUCAGCACCUGAAUCUGAAUUAUGCUAAAGUUUGUAUGCUUGGAUGCGUGGAGUUUUCAGCCAUUCUAGCUUACUACCUAGCGGUACAUCUGGAAAGACCCUAUGCUAAACAACGUAGCGGUACAUCUGGAGUUUUCAGUUUUCAGCACCUGAAUCUGGAAAGGCAUCUUAAAAACCAAAGAUCUGAUUGAGUACAUCUGGAAAGACUUAUGGGUCCGCAAACUGUUUUAGACUGAACCCGCAAUUGAAAGGACCAUCCAACCAAACAUUCAUUGGGUUACUGAAAUCAUCAAACCGUCACAGCAAUGAGAGUUGAAAUGAGCUUAUCUCCAUGAAAUUGGCUUACAAACUCACUUCAACUCUCAAAAUCCCUUAAAUGCUAAGGAGUAUAAGGCCUUAUUGAAAGCAAAAGUCCAUGAUAGAAUUAAGGGAAUAUUCUAGGAUUGCCUGUGCUUUACACAAUUGACUUUAGACUCUGUUUCUAAUUUUGAAAAUUUAGAAUAUGAGCUUACGAAGUUUCUAAUUCUGGACGGGUGGACGGUUACUUAAAACUGCCCUCCGUUGAGGGCGGUUACGAAUGCGAUUUUGAGUAAUUCCCCACCCAUCUAGCAUGGUGUACAGUCCUAGCGCCAACUGAAUCUUCAGUUGAUUGCACCCAAACAUUAGAUCAAGAAUGCCUGCAAAGGAAGAAGGAAGCAUGAAGACCUCAUUGGGUUCGCCGGCAGGAAAAGUCUUUGAAGCUUAAGUCAGUAAAAAGAACUUUUGGAGAAUGAAAAGUAGAAUAAUUGUCUAGCAAGAGUGAACGGAAUCAAGUGUAAGAUAACACCUGAAUUGAUUGAUUUUCUUCUAUUUAUUCGAAGUUUUCCCUUUUCUA